AGCGAGUCUGCUCAACAGCUUGUUAUUUGGUGGAUUGUGGCAGUAAAUCGGGCGAGUGGGGAACCGGGCGCAGGAACUGCCGCCGCGGCCGGGAGUGGUGCUGCCCGGACUGGGGCCCACGGGGGUCAGUGGGGCGGAGGACUCGGGGGCUGACAGCGCGCACUUCACCCGCAGUUGCGACUGAGAAGAUAGCUCGUUGAGCUGGAACCCCACAGAUCACCAGUGAAAAUGAAGGCGGCGGAUGAGCCUGCCUACCUGACAGUGGGAACUGAUGUCAGUGCCAAGUACCGAGGUGCCUUCUGUGAGGCAAAAAUUAAGACUGUGAAAAGGCUGGUAAAAGUUAAGGUACUCCUGAAACAGGAUAAUACUACACAAUUGGUGCAAGAUGACCAAGUAAAGGGUCCUUUAAGAGUUGGAGCCAUUGUUGAAACAAGGACAUCUGAUGGAUCCUUUCAGGAAGCUGUUAUCAGCAAGUUGACAGAUGCUAGUUGGUAUACUGUGGUGUUUGAUGAUGGUGAUGAGAGAACAUUGAGACGUACCUCACUAUGCUUAAAAGGAGAGAGACAUUUCGCUGAGAGUGAGACUCUUGACCAGCUUCCAUUAACAAAUCCAGAGCAUUUUGGAACUCCAGUAAUUGCAAAGAAGAUGAACAGAGGAAGGAGGUCCUCUCUGCCUGUUAACGAAGAUGAAAAAGAAGAAGAAAGUAGUGAAGAGGAAGAUGAAGAUAAGCGACGUCUCAAUGAUGAAUUAUUAGGAAAAGUUGUAAGUGUGAUAUCUACAUCUGAGAAGAGUGAAUGGUAUCCUGCUUUGGUAGUAUCUCCCAGUUGUAAUGAUGAUAUCACAGUGAAAAAAGACCAAUGUUUAAUUCGGUCAUUUAUCGAUUCUAAAUUUUAUUCUAUAGCAAGAAAGGAUAUCAAGGAAGUAGACAUUCUCAAUCUACCUGAAUCUGAGCUCUCUGCUAAACCAGGGCUGCAGAAAGCAAGCAUCUUCUUAAAAACUAGAGUUGUUCCUGAUAAUUGGAAAAUGGAUAUAAGUGAAAUCCUUGAGUCAUCCAGUAGUGAUGAUGAAGUUGGCCCAGCUGAAGAAAAUGAUGAAGAGAAGGAAAAGGAGGCCAAAAAGGAAGAAGAAGAGAUGCCUGAGGAAGAACCUGAUCCUGAAGAGAGGGACAGCUUCCUUCAACAGCUUUAUAAGUUUAUGGAAGACAGAGGUACUCCAAUCAACAAACCACCUGUUUUGGGCUAUAAAGAUCUCAAUCUCUUCAAACUCUUCAGACUGGUUUAUCAUCAAGGUGGAUGUGACAAGAUUGAUAGUGGUGCUGUAUGGAAGCAAAUUUAUAUGGACCUUGGCAUUCCUAUUUUGAAUUCAGCUGCUUCCUACAAUGUAAAAACUGCUUAUAGAAAGUAUCUCUAUGGUUUUGAGGAGUACUGCCGUUCUGCAAAUAUUCAGUUCAGAACUAUUCACCACCAUGAACCAAAAGUAAAAGAGGAAAAAAAAGACUUAGAAGAAUCCAUGGAAGAGGCUCCAAAAGUAGAUCAAGAAAUGCCUUUAGUAGAAGUGAAGAGUGAACCUGAGGAAAAUAUUGAUUCAAACAGUGAAAGUGAAAGAGAAGAAACAGAAUUAAAAUCUCCAAGGGGACGAAGGAGAAUUGCUCGAGAUGGAAAUUCUAUUAAAAAGGAAAUUGAAGAAGAGAAAACAGAAGACAAAUUAAAAGAUAAUGAUACAGAAAAUAAGGAUGUAGAUGAUGACUAUGAAACUGCUGAGAAAAAAGAAAAUGAGUUACUGCUGGGGAGAAAAAAUACACCAAAGCAAAAGGAGAAGAAAAUUAAAAAGCAGGAGGAUUCUGACAAAGACUCAGAGGAAGAGGAAGAGAAGAGCCAAGAGAGGGAAGAAACUGAAAGCAAAUGUGACUCUGAAGGGGAGGAAGAUGAGGAAGACACAGAACCUUGCCUAACAGGAACCAAAGUGAAAGUAAAAUAUGGACGAGGGAAAACGCAGAAAAUAUAUGAAGCCAGUAUUAAAGGCACUGAAAUUGAUGAUGGAGAAGUUUUAUACUUGGUACAUUACUAUGGAUGGAAUGUCAGGUAUGAUGAAUGGGUGAAGGCUGACAGGAUAAUCUGGCCGUUGGACAAAGGUGGACCAAAGAAAAAACAGAAGAAAAAAGCUAAAAACAAAGAAGACAGUGAAAAGGAUGAAAAGAGGGAUGAGGAGAGGCAGAAGUCAAAACGGGGACGACCUCCUUUAAAAUCUACUCUUUCAUCAAACAUGCCAUAUGGUUUGUCUAAGACUCCAAACAGCGAUGGAAAAUCAGACUCCUGUUCAUCUGAUAGUGAAACAGAAGACCUUUUAGAAAAGAAUUUGAUGAAUGAAGAACUUUCUCCUGAUAUUAAAGAAGAAUUAGAAAAAAAUGAAAGUUUAAGUGAUGAUAAACUAGAUGAAGAAAAUCCAAAGACUGCUGCACAUAUAUUAAAAGAAAAUGAUAGGACUCAAAUGCAGCCUUUAGAAACCUUGAAGUUAGAAGUUGGAGAGAAUGAACAAAUAGUACAGAUUUUUGGAAAUAAAGUGGAACAAGUAGAAGAAGUUAAGAAAGAGGCAGAAAAAUCUCCUAAAGGAAAGGGAAGACGGAGCAAGACAAAAGAUCUUUCUUUAGAAAUUAUAAAGAUUUCAUCAUUUAGCCAGGAUGAAGCAGGAUCUGAACCUCAUAUAGAAGCUCAGAGUUUAGAAUUUUCUUCAUUAGACAGUAAAAACUUUUCUUCUGCUACAGAAGAUGAAAUUGACCAAUGUGCAAAAGAAAAAAAGUUGAAACGGAAAAUACUGGGACAGUCAUCACCAGAGAAAAAAGUAAGAAUUGAGAAUGGAAUGGAAAUGACAAAUAGCAUUUCUCAAGAAAGGACCGGUGAUUGUGUUACAUCUGAUGGAAUAAAAAACUUAAAUUUUGAACACUUUGAAAUAGAAAAUGAGGGAAUGCCAUCAUUAAUAGCAGAGCCAAACCAAUGCAUUCAAGAAUUGACUAAAGAAAAAUUUGAUAGUCCAGCUGAAGAAACUGUAAAUACUCCACUAAAAGAAGAAGAGGAUGCAAUGCCUCUGAUUGGGCCGGAAACCUUGGUUUGCCAUGAAGUAGAUUUGGAUGAUUUGGAUGAAAAGGAUAAGACCAGUACUGAGGAUAUAGUAGUUGAAAGCUCUGAAUCUAACUCUCUUGUUUCUAUUCCACCUGCCCUACCUCCUGCAGUACAGCAUAACUUUUCAGUAGCUUCACCACUGACUCUCAGCCAAGAUGAGUCUCGAAGUAUAAAAAGUGAGAGUGACAUAACCAUUGAGGUCGAUAGUAUUGCUGAAGAAUCUCAAGAAGGUCUCUGUGAGAGGGAAUCAGCAAAUGGAUUUGAAGCCAGCGUUGCCUCUGGUACCUGUAGUAUAAUUGUUCAAGAAAGAGAGAGCAGAGAGAAGGGUCAGAAAAGGCCAAGUGAUGGAACUAGUGGAUUAUUGGCAAAAAAGCAGAAGCGAACCCCAAAGCGAACAAGUGCUGUAGCCAAAAAUGAAAAGAAUGGAGCAGGACAAAGCAGUGAUAGUGAAGAUCUUCCUGUCCUAGACAAUUCAAGUAAAUGUACCCCAGUAAAGCAUCUUAGUGUAUCUAAGCCCCAGAAGAUUGCACGAUCUCCUGCAAGAAUAUCCCCUCACAUCAAAGAUGGAGAAAAAGAUAAACAGAAAGAAAAACAUCCGAAUUCAUCUCCUCGGACAUAUAAGUGGAGUUUUCAACUCAAUGAAUUAGAUAACAUGAACAGUACGGAGAGAAUCUCUUUUCUCCAAGAAAAACUACAGGAAAUCAGGAAGUAUUACAUGUCUUUGAAGUCUGAAGUUGCAACCAUAGAUAGGAGGAGAAAAAGAUUAAAAAAGAAAGACAGAGAAGUGUCUCAUGCAGGAGCCUCCAUGUCAUCUGCUUCAUCAGACACUGGAAUGAGUCCCUCCUCAUCAUCUCCCCCACAGAACGUACUUGCUGUAGAAUGCAGGUGAUAAAUGUUUUCUCUGCCUUCCCAGCAGUUUGCUGCCAAGGACAUAAAUCCCAAAUCCCUGAAAUACAACCACAGAGAGCACUCAACUGGUUUGACAUUGCUAAGUAUAUCCUGUACACUUUUCCAGGCUGGAUUGUAUCUAUUCCCUUCUCUUUUCUUUUUUUUUUCUGUUGCAAAACAAUAAGCUGAUUAAUAACUGAAGUUUAGGCAGCCUGCCAUAUUUGUCAUAAUUUUUCCUUUUUAAUUUUUUUUGGUUUGUUUUGUUGUGAAGAUAGAAAAAGGGCACUUAGCAAAUUUGAAUUUGUAUAAUAAAGCUUUCAGGUGUUAUAGAAAUCCAUAGACAAGCAAGUGCACAUGAUAAACAUCAAAAUAUCCAGCUAAAUAGUUACUGCUGCACUUUCACUGAGAUGUAUUUGAACACUUGGUGAGUAGGGGGUUUAUGUUGUGUUUUUUUUAUUGUUGUUGUUGGUUUUCUUUCUUUUUUUUUUUGUGUGUGUGGAAGCACUUGCUAUUUAGAACUGCCAAAGUAUAUGUUCAGCAGUGUGCCCAGGUUUAAGGUGUAAAUGGGACAAAAUAAAUUGUGAAAGGAAGUGUAGUUGACUGAAAACUACAGUUGUAAUAAGUCUUCCACUUUUUAUAGGAUUUUUGAGCACACAAUUAUGCAAAUAUUUUAAUGUUUAUUAAUGUUUACAGUGGAAUUGUGAAUAAGUUUUCAGUGGACUAUCUUAUCCCUUGACAAAAAUAUUUUGUCUUUUUUCUAUGUAAUUUCAGAGUUUUUAUUUUGUUACAAAAAGACAAAAAUGAAAUAUAUAACAACAAUGAAGUUAUUUAACAAGAUUUCUAAAGCUGAAAAUUUUGUGUAAAAUAAGGUAUUAUCUUGCAACUUGUUAAAUAUAUUUAUUCAGACAUUGGAUGUUGUAUUUUUAUGUAUUUUUUAAAAUAUUAAUAAAAUUGAAAAAAAGAAAAUUCUAGGUUAAUUCACUCUUCGAAUGACAAUAGCUCUCAGCUGUCCCUUUUACAGGAGGUUGCAUCCAGCGGCUUUGCCUGUACUGAAGGGAGUCUGUCUCAGUCCUUCAAACAGUGUAGAACUGUAAAUGGGCAUCUGGAUCAUUAAAGUAUGUCCUUGUUUAGAAACUUUGGCAGUCCUAGUAUUUAAACUGUUUUGAGGAUCAAAUUUUUGGUUGCCCUUAAGAUAUUUUGUCACAGUUUUUAUGUUUGCUAUACUGCCGAAUAAAUUUAUAUCUCCCAAAGUUGAGAUGCAACAACUAAGUAAAGCAAUUAUGUAUGCUUUGUUUGUGAAUUGUUUCACAGACUGAUACAUUUUGUAAAUAAUUCUUCCAAAACCAUGUAUUUAAAGCAGUUUUGCCAUAUACAUUAUGUAAAAAGGUGAUUUUUUAAAAUCAGUUUUUAAAUUCAUGUUUGUACAUUGAAAGGGGUUUUUUUAAAACCUUCUUUCCUGUGUUUAAUAUGCGUAGAGUAAUAACCUAGAUGCUCUAGACUGUAUAUCAGGAUCUGAUUUACAAGAACAGAGUCAGAGCCAAACACUAGUGAUGGCAUAGCAUUACUGAAAUCAUUGUUUCUUAAUUUCAUUUUACCACAUUGUGAACUUGUGAUUCAGAUUCCUUCCAUUUUCGCAGAGAAUUAAAAACAAAAAAGUACUCUUGUAAAAUGCA